AUGAUGGCGUUGAACCGCAUGUUUACGGCAAUGUAUAGUAGUUUUCGUCGAAGACCCUGUUUUUCGCUUGUACUUAUUUUGCUGUGUCUUGGUUACUUAUUUUACAUGAUCGCCUUCAGUAGUUUAGCCAUGAAAAGGGCAGAUCGCACAAGAAAUGCUACUCUUAAAACUUUCCAGGCUGUACCUACAAGGAGAGGACUUGAGUUUUCUAACUCAAAGUUCAUAUUGAAUGGCAAACCGUUUGUGAUUCUGAGCGGCGCGUUGCAUUACUUCCGAGUUAUGCCGGAGUACUGGGCAGAUCGCCUGAAAAAGCUAAAGGCGAUGGGCUUAAAUACAGUAGAAACCUAUGUUGCAUGGAACUUGCAUGAACAAGUGAAGGAAAAUUUCAAGUUCAAAGACGAAGUUGAUAUUGUUAAGUUUGUAAAUUUGGCUCAGGAGCUGGGUCUUCAUGUUAUUAUUCGACCUGGUCCAUAUAUCUGCUCUGAAUGGGAUCUUGGCGGCCUUCCAAGUUGGCUGCUGAAUGAUCCAAAUAUGAGGUUAAGGUCGACAUAUGGCCCCUUCAUGGAAGCAGUGGAGAAAUACUUUAGUAAGCUGUUUGCUUUGCUAACCCCACUACAGUUCAGUGGAGGAGGACCAAUCAUUGCAUGGCAGGUUGAAAAUGAAUAUGCGUCAGUCCAAGAAGAAGUCGAUAACCAUUACAUGGAACUUCUCCACAAGCUGAUGCUGAAAAAUGGGGCUACAGAACUUCUAUUCACAUCUGAUGAUGUUGGCUACACAAAAAGAUAUCCAAUCAAACUUGAUGGGGUUUUGAAAACAAUUAAUUUCCAGCAUAGUGCCAGGAACUCUCUUACUCAAUUGCAGGAAUUCCAGCCUGACAAGCCAAUCAUGGUUACCGAGUACUGGUCGGGAUGGUUUGAUCACUGGGGAGAGAAGCACCAUGUUCUUAACACUGAAAGGAAAAUGAUCAAUGAAGUCAAGGACAUCCUUGACAUGGGGGCAUCCAUCAACUUUUACAUGUUUCAUGGAGGGACUAAUUUUGGCUUUAUGAAUGGAGCAAACACUGCCGGUAACAGGAUUGAUGACGGCUACCAGCCAGAUGUCACAUCUUAUGAUUAUGACGCCCCAUUAUCUGAGGCAGGAGACAUCACUCCAAAGUAUAAAGCCUUGAGGAAACUUAUCCAAGAACAUGUUCCUGGGGAAUUUUUGCCUGAUCCAUUACCUGAUAUCCCACCAAACUUACAAAAGGCGGCAUAUGACAACAUUCACAUGAAGGACUUUGUUCCUCUUCAGAAGAUCUACAAAUACAUAGAUCAAGCCAUUGAUAUUGCUGCAGUGACACCCAUGGAGUUUUUACCAAUUAAUAACAAUGGAGGGCAAGGCUAUGGUUUUACCAUCUACCAAACAACGUUGAAACACCACGCUAAGUCACUCACCAUCGAGAAAAUCAGAGAUAGAGCACAUGUAAUUUUGAACUCCAAACUAAUCUCAACCCUGUGUGGGUAUGAUGAACACAAAAGGCAUUUUAACAUGGGGAAGCUGGACAAAAACGAAGUGGAACUAAAGUUUGAAAAGGUACAGCCAAAAGACUCAGAUGACGAUGUAUUUCUAGAAAUUAUGGUGGAGAACAUGGGUCGAGUGAACUUUGGCAAAGGUCUCCAUUCGCAGAGAAAAGGGAUUCUUGGCCAGGUACUCAUCGAUGGACACACUCAAAACAAAUGGAAAGUUUAUCCACUGGACUUCCACAAGACAUUCACGGAACGAGCUUUCCUCGAGGUCUCCUGGUCCAAGCCGACAGAGGGCGCUAGCUUUUCUCCAGGCUUCUAUCGCGGCAUUCUGCAUAUCCAGGGUCAGCCCCGAGAUUCGUUCGUCCACCCCAAGGGCUGGGGCAAGGGAGUGUGUCUGGUUAAUGGGAAGAACUUGGGCCGCUACUGGAAACUAGGUCCUCAGGAAGCGCUUUAUUUACCGGCAUCUUGGCUCAGAAGCGGGGAUAAUACGAUAAUUCUGUUCGAGGUUGACGGAGCGAAAGACGAUGGUAUUUUGGAAUUUUCCGAUUCCCCCAUGCUCGGUAACGACAUUCAGGAACAGUGAUCUAGUCUCUUCCUCGUCUGCUCCUUGAUCCAACAUUGCUGGAGUCCUCCUACCCUAGGGAUAAGGAUAGUACAGCCUUAGCAAAGAAAAAAUUCUAUGGAUAAAGGGAAAUUCCAUAAUGUUAGAAUAACACUUUAAAAGUUAGAUUAAUAUUAGGGUAGUAUUAGGGUUAUAUAAAGGUUUUAAUCACACUGCACCCGGGUAUUGAAUUCUGUAAAAAGAUCAAUCACGUUUGUAAUAAUUGCACAUUUUCAAUCCGAGACAAUGAGAUUUAACCGUUCUCGUAUUUUAACGCCUAGCAAAACUGCCACUGCUGGGAGGUGCUGCAAGCUAGUUCGCCAGCAUUUCCUUGUCUUUUAGUCGAGCAAAACUUCGUUGGUAGAUACUAGAGGCUUUAGUAUCUACCAACGAAGUUUCGCUCGACUAAAAGAGAGGUGUAUGCUCGGGUCUUAACAAAGAGUCGCUCGAAAGUCUCGCUGUAUAUUGUAAAAGGUGAUUGUAUUUAUUCAUUCGUAAAUAAAGAAGGGUUGAUA